AUGGCUACAUGUGUUGGCGGCAAUCUGAAUCUGGACUCCAUGUCCCAGUCAGGGUUGGAUGUCAUCACAAAACCAUAUGCAGAAAAACAAAGAUUAGUCGAACACGCUGGACCCAAGCCGUUGGACGUCAAACCCGUUGGACGUCAAACCCGUUGGACGUCAAACCCGUUGGACGUCGAAGCCGUUGGAUGA